AUGGGGCUGAUGAAUGUUCCCUCUCAGCAGUGGAGGCCUACCACACUGCGCCAUCUGCACUCCAGGCUGCCAGCCAGGAUGUGGAGUUGGACUUUGGAGAAGCAGUCAUGGAGGGACAAUUGGACCCCUUCCCUGUGUCUUAUCCAUAGGCUUGACCACAUUGUGAUGACAGUAAAGAGACUCAAAGACACCACUAUGUUUUAUUCCAAGAUCCUGGGCAUGGAGGUCAUGACUUUUGAGGGAGACCACAAAGCAUUGUGUUUUGGAGACCAGAAAUUUAACCUCCAUGAGGUGGGAAAGGAAUUUGAACCCAAAGCCACUCACCUGGUCCCUGGCUCCCUGGAUAUAUGUCUGAUCACAAAGAUGCAUUUGGAGGAAAUGGUCCAGUGCCUCAAGGCUUGUGAUGUCAUUGAGGAGGGUCCAGUCCCCAGAACAGGGGCAAAAGGACCCAUUAUGUCCAUCUACUUCCGAGAACCUGACGGAAACCUGAUUGAGGUGUCCCAACUAUAUCUCCUCAUGAUGGAGGACCUGCAGAGGAACCAACCCCUAGUCCCACCUGUUUCCCGCCUCCAAAGCCGCAUGGCGGGCAAGAAGUUGAGGCCACUGUCCCUGGGUGCCCCCCCAGCUCCGCCCCCCCAGCCCAAGACAGCCUGUUACCACCGCGGAGCCAACAGCCACGCUGGCCUCCAUCUGAUAAGACUUAUCUGCUGCCCCAGGGCAGGCCAGAGCUGGCGUAAGCCCCAGUGGGGCGCUGAGUGA